AUGUUAGAGCUGCCUCAUAUUUCGAACUGGGUCAACGGUGCUCAUGCUGCUCCGGUUGCAAAACGCAUAAAAGUCAUAAACCCGGCGACUGAGUCUACGCUUGCUACUAUCGACGCGACAUCUCGCGAAACCAUCAACAACAUCGUCUCACAGUCUCUUGUCAACUUCCAGAAGGGGCCAUGGUCUCGCGCGGAUGCGUCCGAGCGAUAUGCUGUGCUCUCUAAGGCAGCGUCGCUGUUACGGUCACGCAUCCCCGAAAUUGUUGAACUGGAAACGGCACAGACAGGUCGCCCGAUUCGAGAGAUGCGUGCUCAAUUAGCUCGUAUACCAGAAUGGCUAGAAUAUUUUGCGUCGCUGGCCCGAGUCCACGAAGGUCGAGUUACUCCGUUCAAGGGUCCUGUCGUUAAUACUCUUACUCGCCUUCCACUAGGUGUGGUCGCUCAGAUUACCCCUUGGAACCAUCCGCUCCUGAUUGCAACAAAGAAGAUUGCGGCUGCCCUCGCUGCAGGGAAUGUCGUGGUGGUCAAACCAUCUGAGCUGGCCCCUUUAUCCGUCCUCAAGCUCGGGGCUUUAUUCCAGGAGGCGGGCCUGCCUGAUGGGACGUUGCAAAUUGUCUGUGGCUACGGGCGCGACACCGGGAAAUUUCUCUGCGAGAACCCAUUUUUGGCUAAAAUUGAUUUAACAGGAGGAUUGACAACUUUAGAUAUCGAAACUGCAGUCAAGGCAGCGCUUUUUGCCAGUUUUAUCGCGAGUGGACAGACUUGUGUCACUGGAAGCAGACUGUUGGUGCAUGCGGACAUUUAUGAUCGAUUUGUGGAAGUUCUAGAGAGAAGAGUCAAAGUCCUCCGGGUAGGUCCCCCUACGGAUGUCCGAACGCAGAUUGGAGCCGUGAUUUCGAAGACGGCCGUCGACAGAUGUGCUGCCUUUGUGGAGCGUGCUGUGGAAGAGGGCGGCAAAGUCAUCUGCGGGGGCAAUGCUACCAAUGUUGCUGGUAAGGGAUUCUUCUUUCAACCAACGAUCAUCGAAACUCACCCCGGAUCUGAUUUAUCAUGCCACGAGGUCUUUGGCCCCGUUAUUGCACUCAUCAAAUGUGAAUCGGAGGAACACAUGAUAGGCGUUGCCAAUGGCACUUCUUUGGCACUGGGAGCUUCGGUCUGGACCAACGAUUUCGCCCAGGCUCAUCGGGUUGCGGAUAAAAUUGAGGCCGGGAUCGUUUGGAUUAACGGACAUCAUCUGAACGACCCUUCCUCACCAUGGGGUGGAUUUAAAGAGAGUGGCAUAGGGAAGGAGAAUGGACUUGAAGCUUUCGAGAGCUACACCAAGGUCAAGAGCACGGUCAUAAAUUACCGGGUGCCUCCCACGUGGUUCGACGAUGAGAUUGAAAAUGCGCGUUACGGUUGA